AGAUGGNUGGAUAUUUGACUCUUUUUCAGGUACAAACAUAAAUCUUGCACAUUUAUUUGAUAUACUUAUCUCCAUGUUCAAAGAUAGAAAAUAUUUAAUUGAAUAAUUGCCUUAUUAGAGUUGGAUAUACGAGCAUUUCCCUAGAAUGGGAAGGAGGCGGUUGGUGUCUUCUUAUGAUGACACCACACCACGUGCGACUAGGUGGCAGAGCCCUCGGCAGAGUUUGACUCUUGCAGAGAUUCGGGAGCAGUUGGAUGACCUGACAUACAGUGGAGUGGUAUGGCAUCCAUAUGAGGCACAUCGGGGCAUUCGUCCAUUAUUCGGAGUUUGUAUGUAUUCUGGAUGGAUUCGGAUUGGUGACACCCUUUCUCGACAUUUGCCUGAGCNUGUGAUGAGGCAGUUUGGGUUUUACCAGGAGAUUCCACGACCACCCACUGUCAUUGCAGAUGCAGAUGUAGUCGCUGUUGAUUUUGCGUGGUUACACUUCACAGACCACGUUAUUAGGAAUGUGAGACAGGCAUCACACCCUUCUGAAUGUGUCGAUGGAUACAUACAGUGGUUUACGAGGGUUUCACAUCCCUAUAUUAUUGCUGCUCCAGCUGACGCGAGACCACCUCUUGUGCCUACACAAUGUCCUGAUGUUCCACAGGAGGCACGACCUCAUCGUAGAUCCUCUCCGCCUUCACCAUCCGGNGCCUUGGCUAGAUUUAGGAGAAUGACUAGAAAGUUACAGUCGUUGAUAUCGUGUCGUCAUGUGACCGAGGGUACUGUUGCACAUCAGAUGGCGGUGGAACUGCUUCAGGAUGCUAAUGAUGGAAUCGAAGAAUAUUCUCCAACUAGGAGAGGACAGAGGCAUGUUCGUGGUAGACGCUCGACGUCUAAUUGAUAGUACUUUGUAGUAAUGAUUAUACUUUGUCCCUNCUGUUUGAUCAAACUAGGAUUAGGAUUCNUUUACUUUUAAUGCAUACCCUUGCUUUUAA